GAGUGUGUGCGCCCCUGAACGCCGGCGGACCUCGGUCUCUUACUCUGACAGACUGAGCGGAGCGGAGCGCGCUGCAGUGAUACACCUUUGCGUUUGAACUGUGUGUGGACGGUAACUCCGCUGCGGUACAACAAGACGGGUUUUGUUUUUUUCUUUAACAGUUUCGGGUUUUGCAUCGAGAGACACGCGGAUAAAGUGGAUAAAAAAGUUUGGGUAGAAGCAGCUCGAGCGCAUUCCGGCGAACUUUGGAUUACUUUGCCAAGAGUUUGAGGCCUGACACCACCAUGUUACCUUACUUCCUGCUCUUGUUCCUUUCAUCUGGUCUGGUGUUAUCCUCCGACUGCCCUACAGACUGUUCCUGCCCACUCCAGGACUCGAUAUUCUGCAUUAAUCGUCGCUCCAGCACUGUGCCACGUGCCCCCGCCACCACCAGAGAACUCUACAUCUUCCAGAUCGGCAUCAGCACUUUGUCCCAAGAAGACUUCAAAGGCAUGGUGGAGCUGGAGAUGCUAGACCUGAGCCAGAAUGAGCUGGCAGAGAUUCCAGAUGGUGUGUUUGAGAUGCUGUCAAAGCUGAAGAACUUGGAUCUCUCCUCUAAUCACAUUACCCACAUUUCCAAAGACAGUUUCUCUGGCUUGGUCCAGCUGGAGAGGCUGUAUCUCCAUGCAAACCGCAUUCAGAGUAUCCAUUUGGAUGCUUUUGAAGGAUUAGAGAUGCUGCUGGAACUCAAGCUCCAAGGGAACCAGCUCACAUCUCUGCCAUUCCUUCAUUUCCCCAGGCUUCUGCUUCUAGACCUCAGCAACAACAACAUCCCAAACCUAGGAGUCUCAGAUCUCCAGACUCCCCACCUAGAAGCCUUUAAGGUGGCCUCUCUGGGGCUUACCUCUCUGGAUGUGGAUCUCAUAGCCUCCCUGGGGAACCUCCAUGAGCUCGACAUCUCCUUAAACCAGUUAGCUGAGGUGCCGCAGGCCCUAAAGCAAGACUCCCUUAAGGGGCUGAUCAAGCUCAGCCUAGCGGCCAACCCAUUUGGUGAGCUCAGGAUGGAGGACUUCCAGAAAUUGACUGGACUUCAAGAACUGGAUCUCAGUGGACUUAAUCUUCAGGGUUUUCCACAGGGUUUCUUCCAGAGCUUCCCUAAGUUGAUGCAGCUGACAGCGGCUGAGAACCCAUUCAACUGCUUGUGUCCGUUAGCCUGGUUCCCUGUUUGGCUAAAAGAGAAGGGUGUGAUUCUUGGGAGGCCUGAGGUAACCAGAUGUCACUUCCCUCUAGUUAACGCUGGGAAGAUGCUUUCAGCGCUGGAACACAAAGAUUUUGGAUGUCCACCUACAACAACAAUGCUGAUUGGCUCCCCCAUUGGAAGUACUUCUGUUCCCCAGAUGCCAACCACCUCUCCGGAAACCACCCAUACCAAUGCUAUUCCUCCUCCUCCACCACCCAGUGAGGAAACCUUCUCCUCCAAAACAGACAGCUAUCCACUUCCACCAGAACCUCCAGUCUCCCCUAGCUCCACCAGUGGGGACUACGGACAGCACAUCUGCCCACCAAACAUCUGCCUCAAUGGGGGCACUUGUAAUUUUGACCCAUUGGGUCAGCUCAGCUGUUUGUGUCCCUCGGGAACCUCUGGCCUCUACUGUGAAAAUGUGGAUGAAGUUCCUGAGCCACCAAAACCUUCAGCAACAGAAGUUUCAGUAGUUGCCCCUGCAAUUCCUGCUGAACUUGAUGCCAUCAGCUCACGCCAGGUAACCUCCACAUCUAUCCUUCUUGACCUGCACCGCUUCAUCGAGACACGGCCACACAUCCGUGGCAUUAGGUUGACCUACCGUAACCUCUCAGGGCCUGACCGCCGCCCCAUGAUCCUGAGUGUGCCGGCAUCAUACCCUGAGUACACUUUGCGGGGUUUGAGACCCAACUCUACCUACUCAGUAUGUGCCAGUCCCCUGAGAGAGAGAGUCAACUCUCGGGCCAACAGCUCUGUAGAAACAGCGUCGUGUACAGAGGCUCGCACCGAAGGGGUUCCACUGACAUCCUUAGAGCCCAGGGUGAAGACACAGAGCCAGGUAAAAUAUAUUCUAAUCCCUGCUCUCGCCGCCCUGGCACUGGUGCUGGGUUUGGCCGUGGUGGCUGGGACUAUCGUCUGUCUGCGGAAGAGGAGGCAGGCCAAGGCAGGAAUGGAGCUUGAGCUGGGCCCAGCUGAUCCUGAUCCCAUGGAACUGGAGGGGAUCAAGGCCUGCCUGGAGAAUGGGGGAAAUGGUACACUACCCCACAAACAGCCUGAGAUUGACCGCUGUCACACUCCUCAGCCGCCUCCAUCCUCGCAACAAAAUGGGGGUUUGGACUAUGAGGUACCCUUGAUGCAAGGACACUGCCCAUCAAAUAACAAUAUAGCAUCCCUAAAGCCGUCUUACUUCUGAGAUGCAAUGAAAUACAAACACUUGGAAAGAUUUUGGAGAGAGUGGGCUUGCCCAUCAGGACUUGUGAGAUCCUGCUAUGGCUCACUUAGUGGUUAAAAAUCAGAUUUUCAUUCCAAUUUCACCUAUCCACAGUUUGAAAAGUGGCACUUACUUAUUUGGACUUAAUGAUAACACUACAGAAUGGAUCAUCUGUUUUAAAGAUACUAAAUGAUGAAUUUAAGAUUACGUAGCGUAUUGGAAAUGUGCUAAACCGCUGUGGACAAUAAGCAGGAUGUGGUUUAAAGUCAUCAAGCCAAGUUGGGUGAUGGUGGUGAGGCUUAACCAAGUGAUUAAACUAUGUGCAAUCGACUAGAGGAGUCUUAGUAGCAGAGUGAAAACGGAAGUGCCUUUUUGCAUUGACACAACUGUAAUCGGCGGCUCGUUUUUUAAAAUUUCUUUGUUUAUAUAAAAGAAACUAUGUGAAUGAGCUGUAAUCUUGUUGCUGGAUUUGGGAGAUACGGUAAGGAGAGAAGUGCCUCAGCGUUUGGGCUACAGAAGUGGGGGAAAUGACAGUGGUUUAAAUGAAAACAGGGAUCCAGACUUGCCUGGACCACACGUCGUGGUACAAAAUGGGGUCUCGGCCAACUCCAACUGCUCCAUGGGAAUUUAUAAAAAAAGAGCUUGCACUGAAAAGAAAUAAUCCUUUUCCUUUCUGGUGUCCAAGUGAUGAACUGCCACAAGACUAAUGGUCACAUAAGGAAAUGAAAAAAAAAACACUUUAGACGCAAUAGGUUAAUGACCAUAAAAGCUGCCUAAACUCCAUAUUUUGCUGUUGACAUUAUCUAAUCUGAAACAAAACUUUGAAGUUUCUGCACAUGCGGAUUUGGAUUUUUCUGUGUCCACAGAUCCACAGUAAUUUCUUUUUACACAUCCCAACUCUUCUGGCUCCACGGAGAUAAAUUUGCUGUGAAAGAUAAAUGGACUGAACGAAGAGCCAUUGUAAAUGGACUUGCCUGAUUGUUUUGUGCCCUGACUAGAAGGCUGUUUUGUCAAGCUGAUAUGUUAUUCUGUUUCCGUUGUGUUUUUUGUUUUUUUAUUGUUUUUUGCUGUUGAUGUCCAUUCAGAAUUGUUAUUGUUGUCAGUUGAAACAUUAUUAAUUGUUUCUCUUAAAAAUGCUUGCAUGAGACAUCGUGGAUUUGAUCAUUUCCUAUUUUCAUUUUAGGGUGCAUGUAGUUAAAACUUUCCUGAGGUCCUUGCAGUCAGUGUUAAAGUAAAAUACUAUUUUACUAGUGAGACUAGCACUAAAAGCAGCCAGCAAUAAUCAAAUAUCUUAAAAGAUUUAAUGAAAAGAUUCAAUUAAAUUUCUGUUAUCUAUACAUCGUGGACAAAAUACAGCAUACGGUAUACAGUAUAUCAGAGGAGCUCAGCAAAUGAAUCUAACCGUCAAGUGGCAGACACUUCACUCUCUCUGACAGGUCUGCCAACGCUUCAUAAGGACAAGGUUAACACGAGCCUCAAACUGUUUUUUGACUGCCAGAUAGGUGACCAGUCUAUCACAGGGCUGAUAUUUAGGGACAAGCUGCCACUCAUGCUCACAUUAACACCUAUGGGCAAUUUAGAGACACCAAUUAACCUGCAUGUGUGGGAGGAAGGUGGCGUACUCGGAGGAAGGCAAAGGGGAGAACAUGCAAACUCCACAGAGAAAGGCCCCAGCCGGCCGACAGGUUUCAAACCCAGAACCUUCUUGCUGUGAGGCAGCAGUGGUAACCACUGCUCCACUGUGCCGCCCCUAAACAGUGUUCCCCUGCAGCUUUUUGUUCUCUCACACGCUUUUGCUGUUUUUCUGUCCCUCCACUUUAACCAUUCAGUGUGUUUCUGCUCAACAACGAUUACUGGCUUGUGUGUUUGGAGACUGUUUUGCUUGUUUACUGCCAACCAGACUGUGAAAUGCACCAUUCUUAGGUAUUUAUUCUCUUUUUCCUGUCUGGGGCCGGGAAUGUCACAAGCUUUUGGUAUUACUUUUUUUUUUAUCUUUUCUUUAUAAAAGAUGAUAAAAAACAAUCUUAAAUAGCAAAGUAUAACAGGUUUACAGAGACGUGCCUUAGCGACAUUGGUGUGGAGCCUUACUGAGAUCUUGUUGUGUCAUAUUACAUGUUGAUGUGUAUUUCAGAAACAAAAGGGGCUUUAUUUUGCCUCACAUGACAUUGCAUUAUAUUACAUUACAAACUAAAAAUGAAGAAAUAUGAAAUGUAAUGUUAUCAAUUUAUCCAGGUAAAAAAAGAUCUCCCUCUUUGUUACAUUUGUUAUGUUGGACAGCUGAAAGCUUAAAUUACUGUUCAGGUGAACAUGUCUUUUUUUUUUUUUUUUUUUUUUUGCUUCCACAUCAACAGUACGUCGUCUUCUUUAUAAUUGAGUCCAUGCACUACACUCCAGCACUGUCCAAAAUCAACUUACCGUUCUCUGGCUUCACUUCUUUCUUCACUUUGUCAAUAUUCCAGUAUAAACACAGACACAGAUGCUCAUAUAUCUGCUUUCCUCCAAUAUAUCAACUGGAAGACAUUCUGUAUUGCUUUGGACAGUGAGCGGGGCAGGAAAUGUUUGAAAUAUUUUCAACAUGCUUGUACAGUACCUUCCCUGUUUAUUUAGGGAAGCUUUUUUUCCUUAUUGUUUUAUGUUUGUCAGUUAUGUCAAUUACGUUUUUUUGUGUACAUGUUUGCCAGAAAAGCAAUGCUGAGAAAAAGAACAGUAUUAAAAUGCCAUGAUGAUAAUUCUA